AUGCCCAUUUUGGAUCAACAACCUCUCCUCUUCCCCGCCGUCGAUGAUCUCUCCUCCGCCGUCCCCGCCUUCGCUUCCACCCCUCUCCUCCGCAAGAAACGUAUGCCCAGAAACCGUCGCCCUUCUUCUUCCUCCUCCUCCUCCUCCUCCUCCAAUCUUCCUACUUUCUCCUUUCCUUCUUCUUCCUCCUCCUCCACUCCCCACCUCCCUUCUCCUCGGGUAAUUGACCCAAGGAAGCUGAAGUUUCUUUUUCAAAAGGAGCUUAAGAACAGUGAUGUUAGCUCUCUCAGGAGAAUGAUACUCCCAAAGAAAGCAGCUGAAACUCACCUUCCUGCUUUGGAGUCUAAAGAAGGAAUGAUGAUCACCAUGGAUGACUUGGAUGGGGUGCAUGUCUGGAACUUUAAAUACAGGUUUUGGCCAAAUAACAACAGUAGAAUGUAUGUACUUGAAAAUACUGGAGACUUUGUCAAUGCUCAUGGCUUGCAUCUAGGAGAUUUCAUCAUGAUUUACCAAGAUUGUGAAGAACAUAACUAUGUGAUUCAAGCAAAGAAGGCUUCCGAGCAAGAAGUAUACACCGACAUAACAACAAAUGAUAUUGUGAUCAACAACGAUGACAUUGUGUUUGAAGACUUCGAUGCUAGCAAAGCGGCUAGCUCCAUAUAUGUGCCUAGUCCAAGCAUGGAACAUCCUGUGUCGUCGUUCAUCUAUGACACUAGUUGUGCCUUUGACAAUGAUUCCCCUUUCGACUUUAUGACUGGAUCAAUGACCAACUACUCAAGAAUGGGAGCUCUCGAGGGCUUUGGAUCGGUCGAGAACUUGUCUCUCGACGAUUUCUACUGAGAGAGACUGCACAGCUACAUAAUAAAAGAAGCUUAAGAAGCUUUAAGCAUGGGUUUCACAACAUAUGAUCAAAUAUUUAGCUAGAAAAAAAAAUCGUUUGGAGGACGUGUGAAGAGGCUUAACUUGAUGUUCGUACUGUCUAUUUUGGUACAAUACACUGUUUUAUUUCGGUGCUAAAAUGUCACCCAUGCAAGUUUGUAUAAUAAAAGAAUGUCAAGCUCUAAGUUGUUGCCAUUGUGUGUUA